AUGGAACCUGGGGCCGGCCGAAACAAGGUAUCCAAGCGGUCGUCGAAUGCCUGUGUGCGUUGUCGUCGACAGAAAAUCAAGUGCUCAGGAUCUCAGCCGUGCGAUGCAUGUGGCAAGCGCAAACAGUCCUGCACCUUUGACGAAAGGGAUCAAAGAAUCGUCGUCACCAGAGGCUACAUCAUCGACCUUCAACAGAGAAUUGAAAGGUGGGAGCGGAGCCGAAGCACCAAUGAGCCAGCCCAAGUGUCAAUCGAGGGCGGCCAGCGUCCCGAUAAAGCAGGAAACAGAGAUGAGAGCGACGGUGAUUUGCCCAUGAGGGAUGAAUCAAAUGGCCCGAUCAUUGCAGAUGGUACGCAUGAAAAGGAAAGUCAGGAGGCUCGGCCUAAAGCGCCAAUAGAUCCUGUCGCGUCGAACCUCAUCAACCCUCUGUCUACUGGACAGUCAGAGUACACAACAGCGCCAAAUGGAAGGCUGUGUAAGUCAUUUAUAGUGCAGCUCACCACGUUGAUAGCAAUGAAGCCUAACAAGAGGACAGUCUACCUGGGCACAUCAUCUAACUGGUCUUUUACCCGACGAGUCCUCAACAUCACACACCAAUACGUCCACAAGACCCCAUUGCCGACCAACGCUCUUCUCUUUGAUGGCACGACGUACGUCCUCGAUUGGGAUGGCUACAGAGCAAGCGAAGUCCCCGAGAUGCCAGCUCUUCCCACACAAGACUAUGCCAUCUAUCUGGUCAACGCCGUCAAGUUCCACUGCGGCCAAAUGUUCCACCUUUUUGACGAAGAAACGUUUAUGAAGUCCUUGUACAGCUUUUAUUCUGACCCUAAUCCCAGACCCGAUCCUACUGAUCCGUGGUUCAUUCAUUUCUUGCUCAUUCUUUCUUUCGGAAAAGCCUUCACCACCAAGACCAACAGGGGGAACAGACCUCCUGGCCAUGACUUCUUUGUCAAGGCUAUGCAACUGCUCCCAGACUUCAAUGUUUUACUGAAGAACCAUGCACUGUUCAUACAACUAUCCCUUGGAGAGGGGAUGCACAUAGACAUGCCUGUGCAGCGACUAGGAGAGGCAUAUGUCGAAAGAUGCCGAAGGUUAUGGUGGACUGUACACAUCCUUGACCGGGAGAUCACAUCGUUGUUUGGCAUGCCGCCUUCAAUACAUGACGACUAUGUGCUCUGUCAACUACCAACCUACUCUGGUUCAGUCCAAAGGACAGCCGUGUUACGAAUGCGUAUCAGACUGUCGAAGGUCAUUGGGAGCAUUAACAGGAAGGUCUACGGUCUCGACGGAAGACUCAACAACAAGUUCAUGCUUGGCACCAAAGAAGUGCUUGCCAGCGGACACCAGCUGCAUUUCGAGAACAUCCGCCCAUUUGCAUUUAUUGCACCAUCAGUGCUGUCGGAUUAG